AUAGUAGAUCAGGUUGCUAAUAUACUCUUUUCUACCAACACACUGGAUGUUGUAUGGAUUAAUGAUUUCCGUGAACCGAUGGUUUUGACAGGGUAAACGUAGUCAAUAUGUCGAGAGUAUUUAUAGAUGGAGGGGCUAUAAAUGGAGAUCCUCUUGAAGUAGAGCCUUUCCCGCCAGAUCUGGUUGAUUUGGUGCAGCAAUUUAAGAGCGGUGGUAAUUUUACCGCUUGGAAAUGGGUCCGUGAUUACAAGCUACAUCCAAACACUUUGAAACUAUAUAGUAAGCCACAUGUGGAUUCUACGUUGAAGAAUUUUUUGGUCCAUGGUGAGGUUGACGUCACCAAGGAGAAGAUGAUUGAGCUCAUUGUCCAAAUGACCCAAAGGUCGAAAUGGGAUGAGACCUACGUGGAGCAUCAGAUAUUACAUAAAUCUACAAAGGGCACUGAUAUCAUGUUUUCAGUGUCUAAAUAUCCCUUUCCUCUUGCUAAGAGGACGUAUGUCAUAAAGCGUAGCCUAUAUGGCUCUAUGGAUGACGUUGUAGUUCUAGUGUCUAAGGUCAUCCCCUAUGAGUAUACUACUAAAUAUAAGUGGAGCACUAAAGUGGAUGAUUUCGAGUCUAUAUUGAUGGUUCGGAAUCAUAAGCCAGGGGAGGAGGCCUGUGAAAUGUUAGCCACGUACUUUGAGAACCCGAAGGUUAUUCUUCCUAACAUGUAUCUCAACCAGAUUAUAGAGACCCUGGUUCCGCGUAUAUUGGAAAAGUUGGUAAUCGCAUCUAAAAAGUUCGGCACUGAUCAGUCACCUAUAUACUGUCGGGGUCUUUAUUUGACACCGUUGGACUCCACAGGACAAUCGACAGGGGGUGGUCCUCAUCACAGUGAUGACGCUCAGGAGGACACUAACGAGUCGUGAUAUUCAAUUAAUGGAUGUGCUAUUCAUUCAAAUAUCCAUGUACCAACCUUUUUAAAUGUUUACACUUAAA